CUGAAGCAUAAUGACAGGAGCCAUAAAAGUGUCAACUUGGAUGUCUGUAGUGUCAGUGACGCUGUGGAUCCCUGUUGUCUCCUGUAUGUCUCUGUAGAAAUGGAAUAUUUGGUACAUCCAGCCCUUAUGUAGUCACGCUCCUGUUUAUUGUGCUCCUGACUUGUGGAUGAGGUGCUAGAAUGUGCCUGGCCCUGUGCUAUUCCAUGCAGAGUGUUUGCUAUUAUUUUAAUACAUUGCAUGGGUCACCAAUUGCUUCUCUGCUGCUGCUGCUGCUGGAAAUUGGGAGGAACUGCCUACACGUUUCCUUACCAAGGCUGCACAGCUGUAUACAGAGGUUCUACAUGAAGCCCCCCAUUCUACCCCACAGAAACACAUUAAGGAACAUCAUGAGGAGGUGCGGGAGCGACCAUGUCCACACCCUGGCUGUAUUUAUGAUAGACCAGUACCUACAGAGGCAUGUCAAGCUCAUUCACACAGAGGAGAGAAACCACAUUUGUGACCAGUGUAGACAAGCUUUCAAGCAACAGAAGCACCUCUCUGUGCACCAGUCUAUACAAGAACAAGCUUCGAUGCCUACUGUCAACCGAGACACAGCUGUCGGACGUAAAGGGCAGGCUCUCCAUCUCUAUCCCUCCGGAGAUUCUACACUCUUUCCCUGGAUCCAUUCAUCUUGGCUCAGCUGCACGUUACAGCCCACAGGUCUGAUUUCUUCUGGGACCGCCAACCUAGGAACACUUCUCUUCUGCUCCCUUGCGUCUCGCUUCAUCCCUGGUCUUCAGCCCCAGAGCUACAGUAUCAGCGCCACCAUCAACCCGGUUGGGGAUGUGCUGGGGAUGAAGCUGCUGAAGAGGACUUGUUGGAGCAACAUGGAUUUUUUCAGAUGUUCCCUUUCAGGAAUGCGAUCCAUAGAAUGUGGAGCAUCUCGUAUAAGAUCACCCCUAAAGCCCACCAGUCCACAGCCUUGGUGUAAUGCUCUCCGUUGACAACUUCUGGAGCCAUAUAGGCAGGGCUUCCUACUGCGCCACUGAUGCUGCCGUUGGGUGCAAGUCCUAAAACACGAGAGGAAAGCUCUAGUACCGGAUGUUCUGUCCUUGGGCUGAGCUCAUCAGCGGGGUCAACUGGAAUUUCAAGAGAUGCUUCUCCCUCCUCGCUGGACUCCACAUUAUCUGUUGCCUAAAGAAGCUUCUGCUCCCCACGCCCAAUGACAACAGGGUAUGUAUAUUGUUAUCUACUGCCCCACGUUCUGCAACACUUACAGCUUUCCCAACUCCAAGGAGUGUAGGUGUAGGAGAUGUUCAGCGAGGGCAAAAUAUGGUUAGAAAAUCUUUUCAACUCGAAGCUGUGGAGAAAACCUUAGCAGGACUGAGGCUCUUCAAACCCAGAUGUCUUCCGAAAGGGGGUACAUGCAGAUGAAGAACUGCUGGCAAAAGUCACCGCAGCUCUACAGAGUUUGUGAUCACGGUCGCAUCACACUGUGCAACAGGCUCCAAACCUUCAAGUCAAGAGAGCAGGUCCAAGAGUAAAGUCAUUGGUAAAGGACAAGAACAUCCAGGCGCUACGUUUCCCAGAAAGAUACAGACGUAAUGCUCUCCAAGUACUAAUAAGGCACCAUAGGAGAUCUGUAUAGGAAUAAUCAUCACCAACUCCUCGGCUUCCUGGAAUUCAACUAGAAAUGUCCGAAUGUUGCAGUAGGUUAGCAUCUAGUAGCUGUACAGCAUUUUGGAAUGUGCUGUUGGUCUCCCAGGCACAAGAAAAUACAUGAAGUCAAUUACAGUAAGUGGUACAUGUAGUGCAUGCCUGACUUGCUUUUUAGUCAAUGUAUAGAGGCUGAUUGUUCAAGCUCAGGGUCAAAUCCUGUCCUGAUGUGAUAUACAAGUUCAUCGUAAUGAAGAUGCUCAGCUACGGCUCCGCUCCAGGAUUCUGCGUCUGUUUCCUUAGGCUGAGUCUCAUGCACCGUGGACAGCUGGUGGAGUUAUCAUAAUAACAGUCCCUAAGAGGAAAAGAAAAAAAUAUCUUCAGCAAAAUGAAAGGUUAAACAAACUAGUCUCAAACUAUGUACCGUCUAUAAGUACAGUUGUGUUAUCAUUUAGUGCUACCGGUUAUAUGAAGCUGUAGACACAAGUAUAUCAUGUGUGUGUCUACAGCUCUGGAAGACCCAAGGUCACGAGGAUCUACAGUUGACUGUAUGCUUUUUAAUUAAUUACUAAUCCUGCUUCUCCCACAAAUUAAACAGAUGUUGUAUAUUUACUAGAUGCCACAGUAAUCUUGAUAUUGUUCUUUGUUGAUGAAAACAUGGGCAAUGUGGCUUAGACUUAGAAGUUAAUGCUAUAAUUAUGUGUGCCAAGUUAAGACUAUAGGGCUCAUUUACAAUGCCCAACACAAUCAACCAUUUUCUGCAGUAUGCCCACUGCAUGGGUAUUGUGCAAAUAGCCAUAGGCCUAUGAACUCUUUUUCAGGGACCUGCCUUUCCUAAAACUGUAUUGGUGAAGGGCAGGGCCGCUUCUAGCUUGCAUGUCAUUUAGAAGCGUGAAGUACUGAGCUGCAGGAGGCACAGGCUGCAUUGGGGUCAGAUCCAUACCGAGCUCUUGCAAUUGCACCCCUAGGGGUCAUAACCCCUAUAUAUUGCAACAUAUAUUGCAUGUGCCUUAAAGGAACAGUUCAGUGUGAAAAUAAAAACUAGGUGAAUAGAUAGGCUGUGCAAAAUAAAAAAUGUUUCUAAUAUAGUUAGUUAGCCAAAAAUGUAAUGUAUAAAGGCUGGACUGACUGGAUCCCUAACAUAAUAGCCAGAACACAACUUCCUGCUUUUGAAUAGGGGUUAGUCUCUGAAACGUUUAUAAUUAAGGGAGCCAUCCCUGAAAUAUUUCGGACAUUGAUGAUGUUACUCUAUUGAUAUAAUAAACAUGCAGGGGUUUGUCCCGCUUCACUUGC